AUGCGCCAAAAGAGAGCAAAGUCAUAUAGGAAACAAAUGUUGGUGUAUAACCACACGUUCAAGUUUCGUGAACCAUAUCAGGUUUUGGUAGAUGACCAAUUGGUUUUAGACUGUUAUAAAUCUAGUUUCGAUCUAGUCAAAGGCCUGAAAAGAACGUUGCAAGCGGAGGUGAAAGUCAUGAUAACACAGUGUUGUAUGCAAGCGCUGUACGCUUAUGGGAACCAGGAGGCCAUAGAUAUCGCCAAGGGAUUCGAAAGACGUCGUUGUAAUCAUCCACCGAAAGAUCCAUUACCUCCGCAAAAAUGUCUCGACGAUGUGGUCAACGUCAAUGGGAAUAAUAAACAUAGAUAUGUCGUUGCGUCACAGGAUUUGAAUAUAAGGCGGUCACUGCGAAAGAUCCCGGGAGUACCGCUGAUCCAUCUGUCGAGAUCAGUCAUGGUCAUGGAGCCUUUGAGCGAUGCCAGUGCGAGAAUAAGUGCAAAGGUAGAAGAGUCAAAGCUUUUCAAAGGACUAAACGAUCCCAAAGUAGGGAGUCUCGAUACAUCCACAAACGACAAAUCUAUGAUAUCCAAAGUUCUCAAGAAGGGGAAAAAGGGACCAAGUUGCCCUAACCCAUUGAGUAUGAAGAAAAAAACAGUAAAAGAUAUCUCAAGGAAAGAAAAUGGAUCUGCGAAGAGGAAAAUUGAAACGGUAGAUAAUGAGAUCAAGACUGAUUCUCAGGUCAUGAUCAAAAGCAAAAGAAGAAGAAAGCAUAAAAGCGGAACAAAAAAUGAUGCCGGGCAGGGCAGUUCCGGAUCAUAUGGCUCGAAUGGAAUAGAAGCUUGA